UGCCUUUUAGAGUGUUUGUGUAUGAGAAGUGUGCAUGAAGUUUGGGUGGAGCUCUCUGCCGUGGAUUUUGACCGUUUACACUUGACAGAAAACCAAUUUGAACUGGGCCAGCAUGGCGAAGAGCAGCAAGAGUCUAGAGAGUUCUCCUGGCCACAUGAGCCAGGCUGUAUCAGAUGGAGAGCUGAACAUGACUGCGCGGGGCUGCGGAGGCAGCAGCUCCAGCCUUCCAGGGAUCCCGGGUGGGGACGGCGGCUCCGCCAACAGCGUGCUGAGCUGGGCCGUCUCAUUCGAGAAUCUGCUGGAAGACCCCUGUGGGGUUGCUUACUUCACGGCCUUCUUGAAGUCAGAAGUGAGUGCAGAGAACAUUUUAUUCUGGAAAGCGUGUGAAAAGUUCAGGACGAUCCCCGCCACCUCUCUGGAUGAGCUGAAAGCUGCAGCUCUCUCCAUCUACACCACCUACCUGUCAGAGAGCGCUCCUUACUCUGUGAACAUUGAUGACACAGCCAAGACUGAGGAGAAGGACCUGGAACAGCCCACUCCAGACAUGUUCACCAAAGCUCAGAGCCAGAUCUUUAAGCUGAUGAAGAUGGACAGCUACAGGCGCUUUGUGCGCUCUCCUCUCUACCAACGCUGCAGCGUGGCCAGUGUUGAGGGCAAACAUCUACCGCCGCUCUACUCCGAGCCUGUACGGAUGGGGUCCCGGGAGGAUGUGGUCACCAGAAACAACGCGAGCAUCAAGAACAGGAAGUCAGACUCCAGCAGCAUGCUGGCUUGCAACGUGCCUGCCUGGGACAAACAGAAACAGAAAAGGGGAUCAUGGGGAGAUGCAUCAACGGUAGAAGGCUCAGUCUCUAGAGAGUCCCACUUAGCAGUUAAAUCGACCAGCAGUGUGGAGCUUGGCUCCCUCCACAGGCAGAUCGAGAAUGGUGGGUCCAGUCCCCGAGUGCUUGAACAUGCAGGUGUGUUGGGGAGUCGAAUUGGGGUGGAGGGGGGCUACUGCUGCGUCUACCUGCCGGAUGGGAGCGCCUCUCUGGCCCCCACACGGAAGGGCCAGUCUAUCAAAGACAUGCUGGCUAGUCUGUGUGAGAAAAGAGGCUUCCCGCUGAAAGAUGUCAUCAUUUACCUUCAGGGCAUGGAGAAGCAGCCCCUGUCGCUGGACCAGGACUGCUCCGUGCUGAGAGACCAACAGGUCUCUCUCGAGCUCAGGGUGGCGUUCAUGCUGGAGAACGCCUUCUCUGGUAGGACCAAUGCAAUUGUGGCGAAGUCCAAUAAGACUCUGCAGGACGCCCUCCAAGCGGUGAUGCAGAAACAUCAGCUCAAACCUCAGGAGGUCUCGGUUUCCAUGGUUGGGAGUGAUGAGCCCCUGAGCCUGAGCAGCCCCGUUUACAGACUGGCCAAUAAGACCAUCCAUCUGGACAAAACCAAAGGUAAAGACCAGACCAUCAUUCCCAGAGGGAGUGGUUCUUUUGUUUCCACACAGACUGGAGCCAUGAUUGCAGCUCUGGAGGCUCGGUCAUCGGUUCACACAGACAGAACCAGGACACAGCACAGACCCAGUAAGAACCGCGCCAUGGACGGUUUUCUGGACAUGCUGACGAGGGCUCAGUGUUGCAGGGUCGAUGACCAACGAGGACUUCUGACCAAAGAGCAGCUGGAGAUUCCUUCAUUCCUGCAGCUGCCUUCAGACCAGGCACAGGAGACAGAUCCCAGUGCUCCCAGUAACUCCAGCUCCUCCACUGCUGACUCCAAAUCAGAAUCGGAGGGUAAAAGGUCUGAUUCAUCCAAAACUCCAGAAGAAAGUCCUGACCCAGAUAAAUCCAAAGACUCCAGGGAAACAACAGUUUGAUGAAUAGUUUUUAAAUCUGGAAUGGACAAAGAUGAGCUGAAAGAAUAUUUCAUGACCUUGAGGUCGAGUUUCAUCAAGAGGGAAACAUGGAGAUGCACUUUUUAAACUUGUUAAUGAAUAAGCUUAACGACGGCUACGUCCUCAAGGUCCUGCUGAUUUCUGGCCUUUUAAAGGUUUCUUGUGAAGAAAAAAGAUCUUGGCAAACGUAUAGUGUCAGAGUGAAACACUACAGAUCCGUGUGGAUGAGUGUUUGCUUGGAAUUUCUAUUAUACUCUCGAAUGUGUGCUUGAGCUGAAAUAAUUGCCCUGCAUGGUUUUGUUUUACAAAUUGUAGUUGGUCUGUUCUGAAACGAUCUUCAUUUGCUUUGAUGUUCUGUUAACUCUAAGCUUAAACAUUUCUUUGUGCAGGAAGAAGUUAGUACAGAGGGGCUUUUAAAAGUGUUUUGCAUGUUUCUGUAGUUUUUUUUUUAAAUAGCGGAGAUGGCUGCAUGUUUUUACAGAUGUGUUUUAUACUACUUGAAAUUUCCUUCUUUACCAUUUUGUGUGCUUACCUUUUCCUAUCCUAAUGCAUGAACCCUGAACUUGGUCUGUUUCUGCUGAGUGACGGCAUUUUGUGAAGCCCUUCACCUCUGAUUUCCUCUCAGGGUCCACAUCUUCAAUAAACGAGAUGUUAGAUGGUUUCUGAUCCCUUUGUUUAUGUACACAUUCUGAUGUAAAGCCAUUAAUGCCUGACUAUAUUUGUAAAUCUGAAGACUAAUUCAUAUAUACAUUCUCGCUUUUGUAACACUGCUAACCCUGGUGUCUCUGUUCUCUUGGCUUCAGAAAUUAAUUUUCUAAAAUUUCUCCGUAACACUUGUAAAGACAUCUUACAAAAUCUCUCUCCUGCUAGAAGGGUUUUCAAUUCCCACCUCUGGCAGAACUUCAAACAUGUCACAGCCGGGGAGGUGGGGGACAUUGAAUUUUAUCAGGCCAUGUUCUGCACCUUCCUUUUUGAGGCAGCUGGCUGAAGCUGUGGCUGCAGGGUGGUCUUGCCUCUCAUGGCAACAAACUUGGAACCUGCAGUGGGACACUGGUGGGGAUGGAUGCUGUCGAGCUAAAGGAUCUGUUGUGUCUACCACUAGGGGGCAAUAUAGGAUAAAAGAGUCAUAGGUAGGAGACAAGGAGAAGGAGGGAGAGAGGGAAGAUGGAUGCCUGACUGCUACAUGUGACGCAGGUUGAAUAAAAAUUGGAAAAGGAAGUCUGACUAUUUGUGCUACUUCCUGGUGAAACGGCCGACCAAAACUAUAACAAAGUUCUAUUGGGCCUUUUGGCCUCCGUUCUGGCAAUCUAAGCAGAAUGCAGCUCAGGUGUUCGCGGAGGCAAAAACCAGAGUGUGGGAGGAGCUUGGGGAGGCCAUGCUAAAGGACUGCCACACGGCUUCAAAGUAAUUCUGGUCCACCAUCCGACGUCGUCGGUGGCUGAGUGGUUGGGGGGAGGCAGAUCUCAGGAGGUGGUGAGCCUUGAGGCGAGGUGGUGGCUUAAGAGCUCAAAUAGCUGGUUGUCCAGGGUUCUAGGAACGGCGAGCGGUAGGAGAGUGGGACGGAGGGGAAACAGGCAGAAGUGGGCUCGGAAGAAGCCCAGGAGGUUAUUGCAGUAGAUGGUGGUGGCUGGAAGGCUUGAGGAGGAACAAGUUUAGGAACUCGAAAGCUAGGUGCAAACUUGAAAGUUCUGGCUAGCAAUUCUCCACUUGAAGAAGAAACCAUCUUGAGGCGCUUCACAAAAACAAAAAAUUUAAAAUAUUAAAAAUCUUUUAGAAAAUGCUAAAAAAUAAGUUUAAAAUAAGCAAAAAUGGACUAUUGUGUGUGUGUGUUUGAGAGCGAGAGCGAGAGCGAGAGAGAGAGAGAGAGAGAGAGAGAGAGAGAGAGAGAGAGAGAGAGAGAGAGAGAGAGAGAGAGAGAGAGAGUUAAUAGGAAAGAGGCAAAUCAGUGGAUCCUGAGGAAGGUGGAGUAGGUAGAGAGAGCAGAAUAAGAGGGUGGUGAUGAAGGUCACACCAAAACCUGAACAGGUGAGUCUUCAGCUGUUUUUUAAAGAAGUCCACUGAUCUCAGGGAGAGUUCCAGAGUCUGAGGGCCACAGCAGCAAAUGAUCUGUCUCCUUUGGACUUUAGCCUGUUGCACUGCACAACCAGUAGGCUUUGGUCACUGGACCUCAGGGACCUGCUGGGGUGUAGGGACAGAGAAGAUCAUCAAUGGAUGAUGGUGCUUGUCCAUGUAAGGCACUAAAGACCAGGGGCCUCAUUUAUCAAGCUUGCUUACGCACAAAACAGGGUCAGAAAACUGCGUAAGCAACUUUCCACGCGAACUUUGGGAUUUAUGAAAGAAAACUUAGCGGAAAAAUGUGCGCAACUUUAAGUUGAUUAAGGACCUGGCUUACGCACAUUUUGGACAUGGAGAGCAACUUAUACUGCUUUGUGCGCACA